GUGGAAAACCUCUUGGGCCAGCAUCCGUAGCCUGUUGGGUCAAGCCACUGCGGCUGGAGCUUGGCUGAGGCUGCUGCCUGGCGAAACAAACGGUGGCCGUGGCAUGUUGGCACUGGCAUGUUCCUGAGAGCAGCUGGGGUUGUGGCAGCAGCACGCGGCGGAGUCUCUGCAGGAGCUCUCAGGCGUGCCGCGACAGCUGCUUCGGCUCCUCCAGACUCGUCGAAGCUGCCUCCAGCAGGGUCUCCAGGGCCGUCCAAGCCGUGUGGACAUGGCCUUGAGAUCUCCUCCGGCGUCCCGUGUUUCGAGAUCGUGAAUAUCGCGGGUGCUGGUCUGGGUGCGAUUGCCACCCGGGACAUCGCAUGUGGAGAGUUGGUCGUGGCUGAGACUCCAACCAUGAUGCUGCAAGCAGGCGAGUUCUCCGUGCAGACAGCUAAAUUCAAUGCUCAGUUCAACAACCUCUCCAGAGCUCAGAAGCGCGCAGUAUUGCGCCUCUCCGACUGUUGGCGUAUGGCCGGGAAGCGGAGGAGCUUGGAAGGCAUACUUCGCACGAACGGAAUGGGGUGCAGCAGCGACUCUGACGACGGCGUCCUUUGCUUGGAGAUCAGCCGCUUCAACCACUCUUGCGCCCCGAACUGCGAGCAGAGCUGGGACGGCACGGCACUCCAGGAGCGUGUCCACGCGUGCUCGGCGAUCCAGGCGGGCCAGGAGCUGUGCCUGUCGUACAUCGACGUGCGUGCACCGAGGGCGGAGAGAGCCCAUCGGCUCAGGGAGGGCUACCGCUUCAACUGCCGGUGCGCAGCCUGCAGUGAGACAGCCUGCAGCCGAGCCAGCGACGCCCGGCGGGCCAGCCUCCAGCAGUUGGGGCGUGACCUCCCGAUGGUUGGAGCCAGAGACCCUGCGGCUGGCAUCAAGGUGGUGUCCGAUAUGCUCCUGCUCUACGACCAGGAGGGCAUCGACCUGCACACGCUCCGCAAGCAGGCGUGCUAUUACGCCUUUCAGCUGGCCCUGCACGCGGGGCCCGCAGCGUGGGCGAGCGGCUGGGCGGAGCAGGCGUACCGACACAGCAGGCUGUGUUGCGGCGAGCACCACCCGGAGACCGUUUGGCUGCUCGGCUAUGCGCGAGAUCCACAUAGCCAUCCUGCCCUCUGGACCCCCGCCUUUGAGGUCUGCAACCCAGGCAAGCACCGCAGCGCCAUGGAUCCAGCACUGAAGGUGUACGCCCUCGCUUGGAUAUCUGCCAUCUCGCUGGUCCUGUCCAUGGGCAUGGUUUCAGAGCGCUCGACGGUUCAUGUCCGUGACGCGCGCCUGAAAGCAGACUGAGCGCAUACUCUCUUUAUGUUGGCCCUGAGAUGUGGAGUCGGUCUCGUUGCAGUCCUCCUGGCCCUUCUUCCUACCAGGGAGAACGGCUGGUUUCUCUUUCUUGUCCCAUGCCUAGUUGUUCUGAGUGAGUUUUAAUAUUCUUGCGAGCAGUUGCCUCCUGUUCGGAGGCUGGUGAGGCGCACGUCUCAGCACAGUUUCUAAAGACAUUAGUCGGAGCAGGGCGCUAGCGUCCGCGUAAUGUUCCUGUUGUUCUGAACUCUGGGAUAUUAUUCUGAAUUGCUGCCGUUGGUCUGGAGCCGCAUUGUCCAAACGUCGGGACGAAACAUAGUACAG